UGGCGCAACUCAACCGCGACCCUAUAGCCAUCAAAACCUGGAAAAGCUGUUCUACCAGCUGCUAGUAACCCUCAAUCAUCUACACACAAUUGGUAUCAUCCACCGGGAUUUCACUCCGAAAAACAUCGGGAUCUUGAUGAGUCGCGAGGGUUUCGACGUGAAGCUCUUUGACUUUGGCGUCUCGCGAUUCGUCAACUCGGAACAACAGCACACGAUCCAACCCCGGACCCCAAAAGCCUACUAUCCGCCAGAAGCCCUUGCCGGCAAUGGACAGUACGACGCGAGGCUCGACAUUUGGUGCGCCGCGCUUGUCAUGCUAGAGGCUUUUGGUGAUGAUUCGAAUGCCGGCGGUACCACGAAGCGCUUUCAACUGAUGACCCCAGAUACAAAGGAAAGCGCGGAAUUAUUUUCGACUGCGCCAUUCAAGGCGAUCGAGAAGAAGCACGAAUACGUCUUCGGCGGUAAUGGGACAAAAUUCGAUGAGCUAGUGCGCCCCAAAGUGGUACAUUGGUGCCGGGCGGCGACGGAAGAGGAGACCACCCGGAAAAAUGAGGAACUGAUCAGCCUACUGCGCCAGAUGCUAGACCGGGACCCGCAACGAAGACCCUUUGCUUGGAAAUGCUUGGACCACCCGUACGUCAAGGGUAUGACUUCCGUGAAUGGCAGAACAACAAAUGCCAGAGAAGAAGCGGAUGAGGCCAGGGAGCAGUUGCGCACAAUUCUGAAGCAAGCGUCGUACAACGUGCAUCUC